AUGGGUUGUAACAAAGACAGAACCAACGACGCGGUUGCUGAGCUGCAUCGAUUCCUUGUCGUUGGUGAUGAGCACGAUACUCACAUCUUUACGUUUCUUCUGCAAAACCCGUUUGACCACAACUUCGAGAAAGUGCAGUCGAGAGAGUUCAUGUACGCCCACAACAGGUGGCGCACUUCAAUUGUAAAGUCGGAAAACCAUCUUAACUUUUUCUUGGAGCUGAGAGAGGCCACGGAGGGACUGACCUGUUCGUUGGACUUCUCGUUUGGUGUGUUGAACAGAGACGAUGUAACAAGAAACGAAUCCUAUUCCGAGGCUGUUUCUCUUUUCACGAAGGAAACCAGCGAACAUGGUCGACGUUCAUUUAUCACUAAAGACGAGUUGUUACAUGAUGGGUACCUUGAUGAGAAUAAACAGUUCCUGGUCGAGUUUCAGAUGCGGAAUGCAAAGACAAGUUUCAGUACUGUUGUGAACGUCGCCCCCAGAAUGCAUGAGACUUUCCCUCGUUUCCAAAGUACGUAUUUUCCGUACGGUGGGUUCGAUUGGAACGUCUCCGUGUAUCCCAAUGGUGAUUGGGCGGAGCACGAGGGGAGAGUAAUGAUAAAUCUAAACAGGCUCACUCAGUUCAACCAGCUGUGUAGACUUGGCUACAGGGUGACGCUUGGGGACGACGUAGAGACUAAAUGCUAUAGAAGCGAUGUAUUGGGGCACAUUUUCGAUUUCAGCGGCAAUGGGCAGGGUUUUAUGUUGUACGACGACUUGGAACGGUACACGAACAACGGGGAACUGAAAAUCGUGGUUGAACUCGUAUAUAUCAGCGUUAUACACGAGAUUAAAAUGUACGUAUUCGAAGAGCAGUCGCGGAAAAAUCAAGUCUUUUUCUCCGACAGAGACAGGCAAGCUUGGUGUCUCGAAACAAACGUGUCCCACAAAAACCUGCUACUAAACCUUGCUUACGUCGACCAGUACAGACUACCGACAAAUUACGCCAGAUAUGUGCGUUGGGACAUCGUCGUCGUCGGUGCUGCAGGUCAGUGUAAACGUACUCUAGAUGGACCGUAUUCCGCAUACUUUGUGAAGCAAGCAGACGAAAACGAAUACGAAAUGGCGACUGAGUUACCAAUAAAGGAGUUAUCAGACCCCGCUCAGAAUUAUUUUCCAGACGAUGAGGGUCCAUUGCGGUUGAAAGUCCACGUUGAGUUCAAAAUAUCGCAUCUUCUCUAUAAAGCACAUUACGACAAGCAAGAUGACGUCAGCAAAAGACAGAUACAUCAGUUGAAAUCACAACUUGUUAUGUCGCGAAACAAGCCAUCGUCAGUAUCGCCAACACGCUAAGGACAAAUUCACAUUUGGGGGGUAGGGAAACGGAUACCGGGC